GGUAUAGACGGGGUUAAAGUAGAUGUUCAGAACAUCCUUGAAACACUUGGAGCAGGUCAUGGUGGAAGAGUAAAACUUGCAAGAAAGUAUCAUCAAGCAUUAGAGGCAUCUAUUUCUCAAAACUUUCCUGAUAAUGGAAUUAUUUCAUGCAUGAGCCAUAGUACUGAUAAUUUGUUCAGUGCGAAACGCUCAGCUGUUAUUAGAGCUUCAGAUGAUUUCUGGCCAAGAGAUCCUGCAUCACACACCAUUCACAUAGCAUCGGUGGCUUAUAAUACUAUUUUCCUUGGGGAGUUCAUGCAGCCUGAUUGGGACAUGUUUCAUAGUGUGCACCCAAUGGCUGAAUACCAUGGAGCAGCACGGGCUGUUGGAGGCUGCGCUAUUUAUGUCAGUGACAAGCCUGGACAACACGAUUUUAAUCUUUUAAAGAAGCUUGUACUUCCAGAUGGUUCCAUAUUACGCGCCAAACUUCCAGGAAGGCCAACUAGAGACUGCUUGUUUUCUGAUCCAGCAAGAGAUGGAAUAAGUCUAUUGAAGAUUUGGAAUCUGAAUGAUUUCAAUGGCGUAGUUGGUGUGUUCAAUUGUCAAGGAGCUGGGUGGUGUAAGGUCGGCAAGAAGAAUCUAAUCCACGAUUAUCAACCAGAGACGAUAACUGGGAUUGUCCGGGCUAAUGAUGUCAACUACUUACCUAAGAUUGCUCAUGAUGGAUGGACUGGGGAUGCCAUUCUCUAUUCUCAUCUUCACAGAGACUUGGUCCAUCUUCCUAAAAAUGCAUCUUUUCCAAUUACUCUUAAGGCAAGAGAAUAUGAAGUCUUUACCGUGGUUCCAAUCAAGGUAAUGUCAACUGGAUCUAGAUUUGCUCCAAUUGGACUUGUAAAUAUGUUCAAUUCAGGAGGAGCAAUCAAAGAAUUGAAGUAUGAAACAGAGGGAAGCGGAAUAAUCUCCAUGAAAGUUCGCGGAUGUGGCAUGUUUGGAGCUUAUUCAUCUGUGAAGCCUAAAAGAAUACAAGUGGACGAUAAAGAGUUACAGUUUGAUUAUGAAAAAUCCUCUGGAUUAGUCACUCUGGCUCUUAGAGUUCCUGACAAAGAGUUAUACGCUUGGGACGUAAGGGUUGAACUUUGAAGUAUGAAAAGUGCGAGAUGAUCAUUGUGAUGUAUGACUAAUUGUCGGAUGAGGUGAAGACUUGUAAACUGAGUCUCUCUUUUCCAGUUACUCAUAUUUUGAAUUUAGAGGGCGAUAUCUGUCAUUGAGGUCCUGAUGUUGUAGCUUUGCACCAAUGUUGAUCAAUCUGCUGGAAAUUCCCAUAGCGAUGAUCUAUUGGUCCUGUAUCUUAGUUAUCCGAGCCUUGGAUAUGAUCGACUCAAAUAGAUGCUCUUCAUAAUAUUUAUUUCCUUCUUUUCUUGUUCUA